AUGUAUCCACAACAAUAUCCAUCAGCACCGUCUGCUCCACCUCCAUAUCAAACUGAUAUGCAAUCAAAUCAACAGCAAUAUCAUGAGACUAUGCCAAAUCAUCAUAUGAGUAGUGAGAAUCGUUUAGCAGAGUUUCAACAACUUGUUGCUCGAUAUGAAAUUAAUCAUACAUUUGCUACAAAAUUACGUGCACUUGAAGGAUAUGAAAUUGUUUUUAUCUGUGAUGAUUCAGGUUCGAUGAAUACUCCACUCGGUAAUUUAUCUGGUCCUUUUGAUAAAAUGCCAUCGAGAUGGGAUGAAUUAAAGCAAACAGUAUCAAUUGUUGUUGAUAUAGCUAGUGUUCUCGAUCCAGAUGGCGUUGAUAUUUAUUUUCUUAAUCGUGAACCUUUAUUUCAUGUUCGCAAUUCUUCGCAAUUAAUUUCUGUAUUUGCUGUUCCACCAGCUGGUCCAACUCCGAUUGUUUCAGUUCUUCGACGUGUACUUCGUGAUAAACAACAUGAAAUUGAAGAACGUAAAUUAUUGAUACUUUUAGCAACUGAUGGUGUACCAACUGAUAAUCAAGGACAUCGAGAUAUUCGUUCAUUUGAAUAUGUUCUUAAACAUGAACGUAAACCUGUUAAUCGUAUACCAGUAACCAUUAUAGCUUGUACUGAUGACAAUGAUUGUAUUGGAUAUUUAAAUGAUUGGGAUAAAAAGAUUCCUAAUCUAGAUGUUGUUGAUGAUUAUCGAAAUGAAAAACGAGAAAUUCAAGGACGACAAGGAAAACAAUUUCCAUUUAGUUUUGGUGAUUAUGUUGUUAAAAUUCUAAUGGGUGGUGUGGACAGUUGGUUUGAUGAUUUAGAUGAAAAAAAAGUAACAACCGAUGGUUAUGGACGAACAACAGAAGGCAAUGGUAAUAAAAGAAAGAAACAACGUUGUAUUAUUUUAUAA